CCACUAGUCCACUCGUUCUCCACGCAUCUUCUUCUCUUAUCCGCGCCACCUACGUUCCCGCUCGAGAUGCGGGCAGAGCUGCUGCUGCUCGGCGGCAAGGUGUCCACCGCAGCGGCGGCGUCUGGCGCCGCCGCCGCGUCCUUGGCGGGAGCUGGACGCUGCGUGGCCGGCGGGCGGCGACUCGCGCCCGUGCAGCCGGCGGCGCUGCAAUGGCGGCAUAGUAGUCGCACUCGCACUCACACCACCACCGAUCAGAGACCACCGCACCAACGCUGCGCCGCCGCCGAACUGUGGAGAGGAGACGCGGAGGACGGGAAGAUGGGAAUCCAGAAGGAGAUCCUGAGAGCCGGCACCGGCCCCAAGCCCGUCAAGGGCCAGAAGGUCACCGUCCACUGCACCGGCUACGGCAAGGACGGUGAUCUGUCCAAGAAGUUUUGGAGUACCAAGGAUCCUGGGCAGCAGCCAUUCGCUUUCAACAUUGGCCUGGGUUCAGUGAUCAAAGGAUGGGAUGAGGGAGUUAUGGACAUGCAAUUGGGUGAAGUCGCCCGUCUUAAGUGCACCCCAGACUACGCUUAUGGAUCUGGUGGCUCUCCAGCCUGGGGAAUUCAACCAAACUCCGAGCUGAUAUUCGAGAUCGAAGUUCUUAGCGCCAAGUGAUGCGCAAUGCGAUUCAUGAUGGAUCUAUAGAAUACUGCUGCAUCGCCAUGCUUCUCGAUUACCGAAAUAAUUGUAAGGCCACAUCAUGUUAAGUGCCACAUUAUGGUGAUGUUCCAAGUGCAUCGAGUAAAACUUUGGAACCCUAUUA